CGCAGGCAUUGUUUGUUCAUCGAUGUGGCUUGUCUUUAACAUUGUAUUGUGAUGCUCAUCUGUGUAAAGUUCAAAUGACCGGACAAUUUUGAUAAAGACUGUUUGUUAGUUAAAUUGUUCACAGGAUUGCAGAAUCCAGGGCGCCUGCAACGCCACAACCGAUGAAUAUGACUUGACAGGACGGUUUCCAUGAAAAUACUUAUUCAGAAGUAACAGACAGCUAUACGUGAUUAUCCGUUUAACCGCCGGACUGGUUAUACAAAACGUGAUUAAGCAUUCAUAACUGGACUGGUUGUAAAAAAGAAGCAAUGAAUAAGUUAUAAGAAAGAAAUUACUUGUACUUAACAAAAGCUUGUAAUGGCAUAACCAAAAAGCGGAAAGACACAGAAAAUUGGAGUUUCUGACGAGUUGAUCAUGUAUCAAUGUUGAGUUUCAUUGAUUUAAGCCCUGGGUAUGGAUUUUAUACAAACUGGAGUGAAAACGUUGAAAAGGCAUAGUAUAUCGAACAUAACUGACGCCAUCAGGACACAUAUUCGGCGUGAAUCGCUGACGUCAUUCGGAAGACGCUCAUUUGCAAGCGGAGCAGAUCUUCAGCUGAAAAAUGCUCACUUUGAAAGUGUUUCAGCGGCAGUAGUCCACCUCUUUCAAGGCAAGCCUCUUGGUGAGAAUGAUCUAGCGGCACUCCAAGAGUCCGUCCGCGAGGUUCUUAAGACGGACGCCGGGCCGCUCGUCUUUGACUUCUAUAAGGACAAACUGGUUAAAAAGGGAAUGGUGAUUCUGAGAGAAAAGAUAAAGCAUGAAACAGGGGCGGCGCUGCUAUCAGCCCUAGGGGAGCAAUGGGACUUUUUCUACUGUGAGAUUCUGCCUGUCGUACAGUCACUUCUCUAUCCAAUCAAGACACAAGAUCUCACUAUUCGUCAGAUAACUCUUCUAGAGUUUAGAAACACAGUUCUGCUGAAAGUGCCAUUCAAAGCCGCUCUACAAAAUGCCAUAUCAAAUGAAGAAACUGUGUCUGCUUCGAAUCGGCAAAUGCUUUUAAUUCUACAAAGCGUCCAGGACACCCCGAUCACCGAAAAUUACUUCCGUUUGGAGAGUCUAGUCGCCACAGUUGUUUCCCCUUACCUCGGCUUGUUGGGGUACUAUAAUGGCGGAAAUGAACCAGAAAUACGCAGCAACUUUAAAGUUCCGUCCAGAAUACAAAACAUUCCUGUGAUAUUCACAACCUGUGAAAGCGAUUCCGAUGACGACAUAAGUGACAGAAGUGACGUCACACCCGGAAGCAAAGGACACAAACAUUUAUCUCCCUUGUUAUCAGGCGUUUCACACCGACCCCUUGGGAAACGCACUUCUGGUCUCUUACCAAACCCUCUCCUAGCAUCGGUCAAAGAACAAGAUAGGGGAACCAUUAGACGAUAUAGUAUCGCCACUUCUUGACGUCAUAUAUAUGACGUAACUUCCUGUGAUAGCAUGUUUAAUACUAAAUUAGUUUUACCUUUUUUCUCUUGGAACACCAAACGUGUACCCGCACUAUGUUAAAAUGACGUGAACGAUACAGGGCGAAGGUAUGAUUCAUUUUGUAUGUUAAAAUAGGCUUGGGAAAAACGUAAUUCGUUAAAGAAAAUGCCGUUGAUGUUUCUGCACGUGUGCUGGCUGAUUUAGUAGCAAUUGUAUACAAGUAGUUAUGUCCUACUAUAGUGACGCAUUUUUGCAGUGCAAUACGUCUGUUUAUAAAACAGUGUAUCACGUGCUAUAAGCUGUGUUAAUCAAACACAUGCGCUAUCAUAAAAAAGAUUGAUGUGUAGGACCCAUCGUCGAUACCCCCGAUAAACUACUGCCCUAUGCUUCGUUAUUUACUGCGGACGAUUUGGCUAGGUCAAUCUUGUAAUUACAAAUAAUUAAUGAGGCAGUUUCAUUGGUUCCACAAUGUACCAAUGCGGAAAUAUGCAUAGACAUUCAUGUUGUUAUUUUUUUCGUAAGAAAAGUACUCGGGAGAUUUGAUUGAACUCGGUCAGCCUUUUUACUACAGCUUUUUUAAAGCACCUUUAAUUUAAACUUUUUUAUUUUACAAGGAUUGUGAAACAACAUAUUACAACAUUUUAUUAAUCACUCUCACUAAAGCACUUUUGACCACUCACCUAUGAAAGGCAACUAACAAUGAAGAGCUAUUGGCCAUUGUUCAAUUAUAUUAUGCGCAUACAUUAUUGUAUAAUGUGUAUUUUUUACGAAUGGUUUGUACUACACUUAUUAAUGCGAUACAUGUAUUGCAAUUGUAGUCUUUAAGCGAUGUAUGUAUUACAACUGUAUUAUUUAUGUAAUGUUUCUACUACAAAUGUAUUAUUUAUGCAAUGUAUGUAUAACAAUUGUAUUAUUUAUCUGAUACAUUUAUCACAAUUAUAUUCUUUAUGUGAUAUAUGUAUCCUUAAUGUAUUUUGUAUGUUAUAUAUGAUUUUUUUCUAAUACAAAUGUAUUAUAUAAGCCAUACAUGUAUUACAAUUGCAUUCUUCAUUCG